UUUUAAUACGCCUCCUCCUUGUUAGUUUUCUUUCCAUAAACCCUAAACCCUACCGCCACUCUGAGAAACCAAAUUCCAGAGCCUCUGAUUUACUCCCUCCAUCUUUUCAAUGGCGACUGCUGUUCUGCUCAGAUCUCUUCGUCGCCGUGAAUUGUCAACGGCUCCUAUUUCUGCUUUCAAGACGCUAACUGGAAACUCCAAACCGUCAUGGACAUUGGGGAACAAAUGGGCAGGUCUUGCAAGGCCUUUCAGUACGAAACCAGCUGGAAAUGACGUAAUUGGCAUUGAUCUGGGCACUACAAACUCUUGCGUUUCUGUCAUGGAGGGAAAGAAUCCAAAAGUAAUCGAGAACUCUGAGGGUGCACGGACAACACCAUCAGUUGUUGCAUUCAGUCAGAAAGGGGAGCUGUUAAUUGGCACUCCUGCAAAGCGGCAAGCUGUAACAAAUCCAACUAACACGCUGUUUGGGACCAAACGUCUGAUUGGUAGGCGGUUUGAUGAUCCUCAGACGCAGAAGGAAAUGAAGAUGGUUCCAUACAAAAUUGUCAAGGCGCCUAAUGGAGAUGCUUGGGUUGAAGCAAAUGGGCAGCAGUAUUCCCCAAGUCAAGUUGGUGCAUUUGUCUUGACGAAGAUGAAGGAAACUGCUGAGGCAUACCUCGGGAAGUCAGUGAACAAGGCUGUGAUCACCGUCCCGGCUUAUUUCAACGAUGCCCAGAGACAGGCCACCAAAGAUGCUGGCAGAAUAGCAGGUCUUGAUGUUCAAAGAAUUAUCAACGAACCCACUGCAGCUGCUCUUUCCUACGGCUUGAACAACAAAGAGGGUCUUGUUGCUGUUUUUGAUCUCGGAGGUGGAACUUUUGAUGUCUCUAUUUUGGAGAUAUCGAAUGGUGUGUUUGAGGUGAAAGCCACAAAUGGCGACACAUUCUUGGGAGGCGAGGAUUUCGACAAUGCUUUGCUAGAGUUUUUAGUGAGCGAGUUCAAGAGAACAGAGAGCAUUGAUCUGUCUAAGGACAGGCUCGCUCUUCAGCGACUAAGGGAGGCAGCCGAGAAAGCCAAAAUCGAGCUUUCAUCAACAUCCCAAACCGAAAUCAACUUACCCUUCAUCACUGCCGAUGCAUCUGGCGCCAAACAUCUGAACAUAACCUUGACUAGAUCCAAAUUCGAGGCCCUGGUGAGCAACUUAAUCGAAAGGACUAAGGCACCUUGCAAGAACUGUUUGAAAGAUGCCGGAAUCUCAACCAAGGACGUAGACGAGGUUCUCCUUGUCGGAGGGAUGACCCGCGUCCCAAAGGUUCAGGAAGUUGUCUCCAACAUCUUCGGCAAGUCCCCGAGCAAAGGAGUGAAUCCCGAUGAGGCAGUAGCCAUGGGAGCUGCCAUUCAAGGUGGCAUCCUCCGCGGAGAUGUCAAGGAACUUCUUCUCCUUGACGUCACUCCGCUCUCGCUCGGUAUCGAAACCCUCGGCGGCAUCUUUACCCGACUGAUCAACCGAAACACCACAAUUCCUACAAAGAAAAGUCAGACGUUUUCGACUGCAGCAGACAAUCAAACACAGGUCGGGAUCAAAGUGCUGCAAGGAGAGCGCGAAAUGGCUUCCGACAACAAACUCCUCGGCGAAUUCGAGCUCAUGGGCAUCCCUCCAGCUCCUAGAGGCUCCCCCCAGAUAGAAGUCACAUUCGAUAUCGACGCAAACGGACUCGUCACCGUUUCCGCCAAAGACAAGACAACCGGCAAAGAGCAGCAGAUCACCAUCCGAUCGUCGGGCGGCCUGUCCGAGGACGAGAUCGAGAAGAUGGUCAAGGAAGCCGAAAUGCACGCCCAGAAGGAUCAAGAGCGGAAGACGUUGAUCGACGUAAGGAACACCGCCGACACCACCAUCUACAGCAUCGAGAAGAGCGUAAGCGAGUACAAAGACAAGGUCCCCGGCGAAGUCGUGAAGGAGAUCGAGACGGCCAUUUCUGACCUCCGCAGCGCAAUGGCGUCCGAGAACAUCGACGAUAUCAAGGCGAAGAUCGAUGCGGCGAACAAGGCCGUGUCGAAAAUCGGCGAGCACAUGUCCGGCGGCAGUUCUCAGAGCGGCAGCAGCGGAAGCUCCGGCGGCGACCAAGGCCAAGCGCCGGAGGCAGAGUAUGAGGAAGUAAAGAAGUAAACAAAUGAUUGAAUUUUUGUGACCCUUUGUUUUUGAGGAGCUCGUUUAGCUGUAAGGCAAUUUUUGGCGAUACUGUGUUUUUAACCAAAACAGGCUUUUUAGGUUUGUUUCCAGAUUUAGCUCUCACUGCUUUUAUUCAUUCAAUAAAUAUUAUAAAUUGGAUGUCAUUUGCAUAUGGACUAUGUAUUUCGAUAUGUGAAUUUCAAUUUUAUUAUAAUUUAUAU